AUGGAGGCGCGAGAACCUCCCCAAGACGUCACUGAUACCAACAAACCCAUAACUGUUCAGAACAUCGGUCCUGAUCCAGGAGACGGUACGAAGCAGCUGCACCUGCUCAGCUUUUUAAAGCUGGGAACUUCCCACCUGGUUCAGAAUAAACAUGAGAAACGCAGCAGAUCUGGACCAUCUGCUUCCAGCCUGACUGGACCGGUCCAGGCUCACUGGUUCCAGCUGACGCUGACAAAGCUCAACCUGAUGUUGUCCUUGGCAGCCUCCUCCCUUCGUCUUGGAGCCACUGGUUACCAUGGAAGCAGACGCCUCCUAGCAACAGCCAUCUCUGGCAACAAGACCUCCAGGUUGGUGAGGGAGAGGCUGAAAAAGGAUGUGGAGGCCAUGAAGAACCAGUUCUCUGGCUUCAGACCCAGCCUGGUGGUAUUACAGGUGGGCGACAGAGACGACUCCAACCUGUACAUCAGCCACAAACUGAAGGCUGCAGCUGAGAUCGGCAUAGACGCCAAACAUGUGCGGCUGCCGCAUACGGCGACUCAGGACGAGGUGCUGCAGAGCAUCCUGUCCGUCAACGAGAACCCGUCCAUCCAUGGCCUGAUCGUCCAGCUACCUCUGGACUCCGUCAACCGCAUCAACACUGAACUCAUCACCAACGCCGUGUCGCCAGACAAGGACGUGGACGGUCUCAGUUGUAUUAAUGCAGGGAAACUUUCUCGAGGAGAUCUGCACGACUGUUUCAUCCCCUGCACCCCGAACGGCUGCAUGGAGCUCAUCAGACAGACAGGUGUAUCUGUGGCGGGGAAACAUGCCGUCGUUAUCGGUCGCAGUAAAAUCGUUGGAGCUCCGAUGCAUGACUUGCUGUUAUGGAGCCACGCCACCGUCACCACCUGUCACUCAAAGACAGCUGACCUACCUGGACAGGUGGGCCGGGCGGACAUCCUGGUGGUGGGGGCAGGCAGAGCAGAGAUGGUGCGAGGAGAGUGGGUGAAGGAGGGGGCCGUGGUCAUCGACUGUGGCAUCAAUCACAUCCCAGACGAGACAAAGCCAAGCGGUAAACGGGUGGUUGGAGAUGUUCACUUCACCUCAGCCAAUCAGAGAGCAGGAUUCAUCACACCUGUUCCAGGAGGGGUGGGGCCGAUGACAGUGGCCAUGCUGAUGGAGAACACGGUGCAGAGCGCUCACCGUUUCCUCCAGAGGAGUCAGUCAUGCAGAUGAAAAAAGGACACCAGCUGACGGUCGGCGGUCCGCAGCUCAACAACCAGCCGGCGUCUUCAGAACGAUCACUUCCUGCUUGGCGCUCCGGACCUACUAGCGGUUUCUGCUUCUUUCUUCAUCCUUGUUGCAAAGACUUGGAACGUUUCCAGGGAAAUCUGGGAACUUCAGGAACUUUCAGUGGGAAGUUUAGAUGGGAAAUGUGGAAACUCAUCAGUAUUAACAGGAGGUUACGGGAGGUUUGUCUUCGCUCAUAAGAAGACAUUCAUCUAAACUCAAAGUUCUUGUCCGGUUCAGUACUUUGUAAAAACAUUUUCCUCGGUUGAAAUUAAUAAUCUGGUUCAGGUUUAAGAUUUUCUUUGUUGUUUCACUUCUGGAAGAAGUUCUUUUUUACAUGUCGUGACGUUGCAUACAUCGUAGGUCACGGGUGCUUUUACGUCCGGAUCAGAGCCACCUGACAUCUGUUACUGCAUCAUGCACCAGCUGUUCAUCAGGACUUGAUGAUCGACCCCUUCAGAACCUCUGUGGACCUCGAGGUCCAUCCACGUCGGACAUUCUUUCACUGUUCAUGUGUGUUCUUGUGUUCAUGUGUGUUCUUGUGUUCAUGUGUGUUCUUGUGUGUUCAUGUGUGUUCUUGUGUUCUUGUGUGUUCAUGUGUGUUCAUGUGUGUUCAUGUGUGUUCUUGUGUUCUUGUGUGUUCUUCUGAGAUGGAAGAAGUCCCGGAUGCGUUAUGGCUCUGCCCAUUUUAUCGAGAAUGCAUCAAGCGGAUUUGUGUUGACUUGAGAUGGCAAAGUAUCCCAGAAUGCAAGAAUAUACCGUAUUUUCCGCACUAUAAGGCGCACCUAAAAGCCUUUAAUUUUCUCAAAAACCGACAGUGCACCUUAUAACGCAGUGCGCCUUAUAUAUGAUCAUUACGGUAAUUUCUGUUACUGUAGUCAGGGGGAUUGUGGGUAAUGUAGUUGGUGUGGCCGAAGUAAUGGCGCUAAAAACAUCAGGAAUCGUCAUAUACGUUAAAGACGACAGCAGCAACGCUGACUCCCAUAAUGGCGACUUUGACGAGACUGAGCAAAGCUGGUUUUUAUUUUGUUAAUAAAGUUACUUUUCUUCUUGUUUUUUUUUUUUGCAUUUGCUCUAGGAUUUUGUAGCAUUUCCUGUAGCGCAGCUCCAUCAGGUAGAUACUUAACUCAACCCCAGCCGCUAUAGUACGGUAUCUUACCAUAUAUCUAGUGCGCCUUAUAAUGCAACGCGCCUUAUAUAUGGAAAAAGUUUUAAAAUACGUCAUUCAUUGAAGGUGCGCCUUAUAAUGCGGUGCGCCUUAUAGUGUGGAAAAUACGGUAGUUAAUGUAACUUUAUAUUUGUGGUUAUAGGUCAUAAGCUAUAAAUAUAGAGGUUUUUUUUUUCCCUUCUACAGAACUUUAUUUAUGGUACAGCUAGUAUACAAAAGCGUAGAAACAAUUAAAACCAUAUUGUAUAAAGACUUGAGCAGGAACAUGCGUUCUCCGUCCCGCAAAGCCCCUUCCCCCGACUUUUACUUACACGUCCCUUCCCCCAACAUUAACUGACAAAUCCCUUCCCACCCACUUGUACUUAUACAUCCUUUCCCCCCUUUGUACUUAAACAUCCCUUCCCCCAAUUCAUACGUUCCCCCGACUGGUACUCUCAAAUCCGUUCCCCGACUCGUACUUACACAUCCCUUGUCCCUAGUCGUACUUACAAGUCCCUUCCCCAGACUCGUACUGACAGGUUCCUUCCCCCGACUUGUACUUACAAGUAUGGACUUCCCUAGAACACAAGUCCGUACUUGCAUUACUUGGAUUACUUUCUCUUGUUGACAUGAAAUGCAUUCUGGGAUGCUUUGCCAUCUCAAAUCUACACAAGCCUCAGCUGGAUUUAUCCUCCAUACAGCAGGAAAGGUCUGCAUACACCAGAGGGCAGUGAAGAGUCGACUUCUAAUUUAGUUCUGAAACAGAAAAAACAAACAAACAAAUGUUCCACCAAUCAUUUAAAUUCCAUUUAUAAGCUAACCUGGACUUUUAACACUUUCCAGUUUAUUCCCAUUAACUCCCAGAGAAAGUUUCCAACUUUGAAAACACUUUAUUUUCAAUUUUUCAGUCUUGGAUAUGAUCGAUUGAAAACCUGAUCAAAUGUGAAACAAAUAAAAAUGGUUUUGAUGUCUAUUUGGACCAA